UCGCGAACACCGAACGUCGCCAAGGCGUAAACACGUGGUUACGAGAUUACUUGCGCUACCUCGACCAUGAAGAACAACGCGAGGAAUGUCAAAGCCAAAGGUGGAACGGAUAAGAGCGGCGAUGGAGAUAAGCCACGGGAAAAGAAGUUCGACAAGAAGAAAUACCGAUUACAGAAGUACAGCAAUAAGUAUAAAAUUAAUCAAUGGGAGGAGAGAAGGAAGAAGGCUGUGUUGCGCGGAUUCUACAAGGAGCUCAGGAAGGAUCAGCAGAGUUCCGCGGAAACGUCGUCAGAUUUAAAUCAUACGUCCAAGAACAAAGAUGAGACGAGCAACGUGGGGAAGAAGAGCUACGCUUUUUUCAAGGCUAAGCAAGAAUACCGACGGAAGAAGGAAGAGGAGAAGAGGAGGAAAGAGGAAGCCGUUCGCGUAAAAGCGGAACGAGAGGAAGCUCUGAAGAACUAUAGGCAGAAGAAGAUGCGUCACUUUAAGGUGUUAUCAAAAAAGACCAGGAAGGGACAACCUGUCAUGAAAGGCAGGAUAGAGAUGUUGUUGGAGAAGAUACAGCGAAGUACGACGUAAUCAGUGGUCGCUUCUUUGUCUCUGGACUGAUUUAAAAGCACCGUUUAAAGGAACAGCGGAAUAUUUUCGCUUUUGUAUAUAUAUAUAUUUUAUGUUACAUAACGCGAUAUGUAGAAAUUAUUUCACUAAUGGCAACAUUUUCUUCAAACCUCAUUAAGUUUGUGCCUCCAAAUUUGUCAUUAUUAUAUAUUUUAUGUAACUGUACCAUUUGCAAAUUGGAAUGUGUGGAAGACAAUCUCAUAGUCGCACAUUCUCAAAUUCUAAUAAAAUAGAGUAAUGAAAAUUGAA